AUGAGCAGAAGGCCCGGAGCAGACGGAGGUCCGGCCGACAGGAAGAUCAUGAUGAUGAGGAAACCUCUGGUGGAAAAGAGGCGGCGGGCCCGCAUCAACGACAGUUUACACGAACUCAGGCUUCUCGUCGCGGAUGCUGACCUACAUGCGAAGAUGGAGAACGCGGAGGUGCUGGAGGUGACCGUUAACCGGGUGGAGAGCGUCAUGCAGAACCGUGAUCAAGAUGUGGACGCAGUAAACCGAGAGGCAUGUGAGCGUUUUGCUGCUGGCUACAUCCAGUGCAUGCACGACGUGCACACGUUCAUGUCCAGUUGUCCGGGGAUAGACCAAGAACUGUCUGCGGAGUUGUUGAACCACCUUCUGGAGAGCUUGCCCCUGAAUGAGCAGAACUUGGUACCGGACGCUGCAUCACACCACCCUGGCCGUAACAGCACUUAUGCGCCGCAUGACAGGCUGCAGAUGGCCGGGGUGUCCCCUUCACCUUUUGCCUCCUCCACUGAUGACCUCAGCUCUGAUCUGGAUGAAACGGACUCGGAGCACAGUCAGCGUUCAAACUCAGAAGAGGGAAGAGAGAGCCACGGAACGCCGCAUGGCGUACAUUUUUCAAAAGUUCUGUGGAGACCAUGGUAG